AUGAACAUUGGUUUAGACGAGGCAUCGCAGCAGAUAGAACCGAGCUCCCUUGUGCCCCUGGUCAGCUGCUCCAAGGUGAUCCUGGUCGGUGACGACGUGCAGCUUCGACCGACAGUCAAGCAGACAGCGCUCGUCUUAGACUUUGACGUCUCGCUCACCGAAUGCAUCCUGCGUUGUACGACGGGCUCGGGCGCGACGGACCGUGGGCGAGCAGUUUUUAUCGACUGCGAGGCAAGGGAGGCGCUCAGGCAGGCUUCGAAGGAGAACAAGGGGCAAGCAGACCUUUGCGUCCACAUCUGCAAGCUCCUAACGACCAGUGUCCCUCCUCUAACUAACCACGGCGCGGCUCACUCCAUAGUCGUACUCAAGCCAUACUCUCGCCAAGUGGAGCUUCUCAACCGGAUGCUCUCCAGGAUACCGCAGAGCAUUGAGGUGUCCAGCGUCGACGGAUUCCAGAGGCGCGAGGCGGACGUGGUGGUUUUUGUGACGGUGCGGUGCAAUGAGCAUCGCAACAUCGGCUUCCUGACAGACAUGCGCCGGAUGAACGUGGCCCUGACCCGUGCGAGAACCACGCUCAUCGUGGUGGGAAACCGAGCUACACUGACGGAGGGGACGGCGGGUAGGAAAGCUCGGCGAUGUGGAAGCGGUUGCUGA